GGUUCCCCUCGCCCUGUCAGGGCGGGUCACGUGUCCCCGGCGGAGCGCGGCGCGGCGCCCAGCUCGCAGGCCCAGGCCCAGGCCCGCGCGCCAGAGGCAGGAACGGACCCGCCAGCUCGCAGUUGCAGUCAUUAUGCUGCUUGAAAUAUUCCUGACGCUGGCCUUGGGGACCAUCGUCUAUCUGUUCCUUUCCAGAAAGAAGGAGGAGGCGCUAACCGUUGAAGAGGGAUGGUGGGGCAAAGGGCAGAAACCUGACUCAGAAGAAGAUACAACUGUUCGUCCAUUUAAGGUGGAAACUACAGAAGCAGAGCUGAAUGAUUUAUUUAGAAGACUUGAUCAGGCUCGAUUCACUGAGCCCCUGGAGAACAGUUGCUUCCAAUGUGGAUUUAACUCCGUUUAUCUCCGGAAAGUCGUCUCCUACUGGAGAAAUCAUUUCAACUGGAAGAAGCAAGUGGAAGUUCUCAACAAAUUCCCACAAUUCAAAACUAAGAUUGAGGGCCUUGAUGUCCAUUUUGUUCAUGUAAAGCCUCCCAGCUUGCCUGAGGGCCGCUCUGCAAAGCCAUUAUUAAUGGUUCAUGGUUGGCCUGGCUCUGUUUAUGAGUUCUACAAGAUUAUCCCUCUCUUGACGGAUCCUGCUAGCCAUGGCCUGAGUGAUGAACAUAUUUUUGAGGUCAUUUGCCCAUCAAUCCCUGGCUAUGGCUUCUCGGAAGCAUCACACAAAAAAGGCUUUAAUUCUGUGAGUGCCGCCUGCAUAUUUUAUAAAUUGAUGCUCAGGCUGGGAUUCCAUGAAUUCUAUGCUCAGGGCGGUGACUGGGGCUGGCUGAUCUGUACCAACCUGGCCCAGAUAGCUCCCAACCACGUGAAAGGCCUUCACUUAAAUAUGGUUUCAGUUACGAGCAUGAGAUUUACCCAGCUGCUGUCCAUUCUGUUGGGACGUUAUUUCCCAGGACUGUUUGGUUUCCAGGAUGAAGAUGUCAGGCGGAUGUUUCCUUUCCUGAAAAAGGGACUCUAUAGGAUCUUGAUGGAGACUGGCUAUGCUCACAUACAGGCUACAAAGCCUGACACUGUUGGCUGUGGCCUGAAUGACUCUCCGGUGGGGCUGGCUGCAUACAUCUUGGAGAAGUUUUCUACGUGGACUGAUCCUGAAUUCCGGAAACUAGAGGAUGGCGGUCUAGAAAGGAAGUACUCUCUGGAUGACCUUCUCACUAACGUCAUGCUCUAUUGGGUGCCAGGCUGCAUGGUUUCCGCAAUGCGUUUCUACAAGGAGAAUUUCGGGAAAGGGAUUGGUACACAGAAACAUGAGAAGCUCCCUGUGCGAGUGCCUACAGGUAUUGCUUCCUUCCCCAAUGAAGUCCUGCACACUCCUCGGUCCUGGGCGCAGCAGAAGUACAUCAAUAUCAUCUCCUUCAAUUUCAUGCCACGAGGUGGCCACUUCGCAGCCUUUGAAGAACCGGAACUUCUUGCCGCAGAUAUUCAGCAAUUUGUGAGGAGAGUGGAAAAGGAGGAACUCUGGCGGGAGAAGGGAAAAUAGCUCCCCCAUGUGAGGCACAGGACGUAAAUGAAGAAUCAUCCUCUUGUUCCUAGAAAGAAUUUUCUACAGGGAGGAGCCUUUUUUGAGUUAUUCCGGAUACACUGUGGUGAAAGUGCUUUCCUAUGGGGAUGAGAGGGUGUUUGCAGGCCUUGAUAUGUUCCUUUUUCGGUUAAGUCCUUGGCUUCUGGACACUCAUAUUUGUCUUCCUUCCCUCCUACCCCUACGUGUGGUUGUACAUUUCAGGGCAAUAGGUCACCCUCUCACAUCUUUAUUGCUUAUGCAGACAACUGCUACAACAUCAGGAAACACUGCUGUAUACUAAUAUAAAUGAAUAUUUCCCCAGGGAACUGAUCAGUCACAGCACAGACAAAAUAAGUGGAAGUGAAGUUUGCUAUAUGAUGCCUUCCAGAUCAGUUUUCUAAUGUGAGUAAGUGGAAAGCUCAGAAGCAGUUUCAUCUUCUUUCUGGUGUAGUUCUAAUUUUAGGGGUCAGGUCUGAACAAAAGGAGAUAGAGGAAAGUAGAUGAGUCUGUUCCAAGUUCUUAGGUUACAGCAGCCCUCCCAGGCACCGUCUUUAACGAGACAGUUGUUUUUUUCUUUUAAAUGUUCCUGAUGAUGGUUCAGCAUUUGUUGCACUGAGUAAUUUGAGACACCGAUGAUGAAGCCCCACCAGCCACUGAGAGAAAAUGAGUGGGCACGACAUCCUGUACAACAAAGGAGACAGAAAAUUGACAAAACUGAUAUAAAAUUCUAUCUUAAGUUUUUUUCUUUUACAGAGAGACACUGUAAAGGCUACAAGAAAAUGGAAUUGACUGACCAGAUCUGGACAUAAAAUUUAGGUUUUUCAAAGAUCAAUAGAAAUAUCUGUCAAUUUUUUAUUUUUAAUUAAGUUUGACUCAAAUGUUCCCGUUGUCUUAUUCAAGUUUCUAAAAUACAGAAAUACAGUUGCAGCAGGAGCUAAUACUCUUUUCUUCAUCUAGGAAGAGUGAAAUGCAAACCUUACCAACAUA